AUGACAUCCACUGAUACUAAAUCUAUUUCACCAACAAAUUCUUUAAAUCUUGGACAAAAUUUUAAAUAUCAAGUAUUUAGUGAUAAUACUGAAGGUAUUUCCAUUGUUAAUACACCUCAAAUAACUAUGGAUAAAAAGCAUUAUUUAUGGGAACGUGUAAAUAAUAUGAAAACAUCUUUGGUUGAUUCAGUACAACGUAAAAUACCUGUAAAUCAUAGUAAUCAAUUAAAUGAUAUAUUUAAACGGUUUCAAUAUUUCUUUUCAAUUAUUGGACCAAUUUUAUUACUUAUUAUGUUUAUAUUAGUAUUAGUUUAUUGGAAACGUGAACAAAAUGAAUUAUGGAAAAGUCAUAAUCAAUGUUAUACAAAAGAAUGUUUAAUAUCUUCUAGUUCAAUUAUUGCACAUAUGAAUAAAACAAUAUUACCAUGUGAAAAUUUUUUUCAAUUUGCAUGCGGUUCUUAUUAUUCACCAUUUCAUCCAAAUCAAAAUGCUGAACAACCAGUUGUACAAGCUCAUCGUAUUGUUGCAAGCGCUUUUGGUAAAGAUACUAUACAAGAUUAUUUUAAAAGUGGUCGAAGUCGACGUAUGUUAAGAUUUGAUCGACCUAUGAUUGAACAUUUAACUGAAAUUAAUGUACAUGCAAUUAUUAAUUCAUUACGUAAUAUUUAUAGUAAUUCAUAUGGACAAUAUAAUUCAGCUAAAUAUAAAGUUGCUCAAUUUUAUGAUUCAUGUUCUUCUACUUCAUUAAGAAAUUGGCUUGGUGCACAUCCAUUAAUGACAAAAGUGGCACCACUUCUAAAUGGUAUAUGGUUACUAGAUAGAAAUGCAUCAAAUGAAACCGGUGCUAAUAUAGUUAAUCAAACAUCAGCAUGGCCAAAACGUUUAUUUUGGGAUCCAUAUUUAACCCAACAAUUUUAUAUGGCAAAAAAUUGGUCAUGGAUGGAUUCCAUUAAACAUUUACAAGUUCAACUUAAUGUACCGACAUUUGCUGACUUUUACAUAUACACAAGUCCAAUUAAUAAACCACGAUUAUAUUUGUUCCCUGACUCAGGAGCUAUGGGAUAUUUAUCUGAUUAUAAGAUUAAAACAUAUGUGAGUGGUGUGCUAGAAGUAUUGGCCAAAGACGCUGGCAUUCCAUAUGGAAAUGAAGAGUACAAAGAACGAAUAAGAAUAUUUACAAAUGAUCUAAAACUAGUAACCAGUGAGUUACAAAAGAUUUAUCGAAGUACAACUCCAUCAAAAUGGUCACAAAAAUUUAAACUUGGUGAUUUAAAUAUCAAUGGAAAUGCUUACGAUUGGUCAGGCUUAUUAGGUGCUUAUUUUGAUGAGACUUAUGUGGUUUUUGAUUCGGACUAUCCAAUUUAUACUCGAUAUUUAGACUAUUUACAAAAAUUUCCAAUACUUAUUGGCAUAUUGGAAAGAAAUUUCACAAAAUCUGUAGCUGAUCGAAUAAUGAAUAACUACAUGUUAUGGAAUGUUCUAGAUACAUAUACAUGGCAUUUAUCAUAUGAAUAUUAUAUGUUACAUUUAUCUUAUAAUUAUCAAACUGAACAUAUAAUGGAUUUGGAAUGUUUUUUUGUAACACAUGAAUUAUUUGAUACUGUAUUAGGUGCAAUUUAUACUGAAAAACAUAUACAUAAUGAAACAGAAAAUGAGGUGAAACAAAUGACAACCUAUUUAAAAACUAGUUUAAAAAAUCAUUUAAAACAAAUUCAAUGGAUGGAUGAACAGACUAGAAAAGAUGUGAAUGAAAGAAUUAACAAAAUGAAAAUUUUAUUCAAAGUUCCAGAAAUUAUGCGCGAUGAUAAGAAAUUAAAUUAUGCCUAUCGAACGCUGAGGACUUCAUAUAAUUACUUAAACAAUCUAUUCUCAGCUAUUCAAUAUAUUCGUGGAGUGUAUAAUCGUCUACUUUCUGGUGUUACAGAAACAAGUGAAGAAAAUUGGAGUUCACGAGAUGUUAUGGUAUAUGAUUCACAUGUAGCUUUAUAUUUACAAUUAGAUGAAGUAUUUAUUCCACCUGGAAUGCUUCAAUUACCAAUAUUUCAUCAUAAUUUACCAGCCGCUUUUAAUUUUGGUGGUUUAGGAUCUUUGAUUGGUACUGCUAUUGGUAUAUUAGUUGGGGAAUAUGGAUCAGUUAUGCUGAAAGAAGGUGAAAUUCAAUCGGUUUGGACAUCUGAAACUACUCGUAAGUAUCAAGAACAAAAGAAAUGUGUUCAAGAUCAGAUUUACAAUGCAUCAAAAAAUUAUUUUAAUUUCUCUGAUUAUGUUAUGUCAUCAAUCAAUGAUGAUAUCAAGAAAGUCACACGUGCAGUUAUUCAUGAAGCAUCUGGAUUAGAUAUUGCUAGAUCUAUUUAUCAAAGGGAUUAAUUGAUUCAAAUUCAAAGAGCUAUACCACAAUAGUUAAUAAACGAAAUUUAACGAUCAAUAAAUUGCAAAUCUGAACUUUAUUUCAUCCAUUUUGUCACAUCAACCUACAUAUAGAAAUGGUGUACCUCCAAAGCCGAGUAACUGAAUUUAUGCUCAGCAAGGUAGGAUACAUAGUAUCAUAAAGUGAUUCGAGAUUUCAGAUAUCAAAAGUGUUAUAUCUUAGUGAAGAUCAAUUUAAGCGUAUCUUCUGAGAACUAUUAUUAAACUAAUAUUAUACAUAUAUAUACAUAUUCUUAUUGUACA